AUGAAGUGGAGGCAGCUCCUCUGCAUCGCCGUCUGCGUGCUGGAGCUGGCUGGCUGUGCUGCUGAGAGCACGACAGACAUCCCCACACCGACAGCCACGGCCGUGGCAGCGAGGGACAGCAGCAGUGGGACAGCCAGCACUGCCAGCACUGCCAGCACAGCCACGGGACACAGCAGCAGUGCCAGAACAACCCCUGAUGAAGCCACAGCUGGGUCCGUGGCCACCAACUCGACGUCAUCAGAGCUCCUUGGGCAGCUGAGGACGAGCUCCCAGCCCAGCCAGGCCCCCACAUCUCUGCCGGGCACCCCCCUGGAGCCACGCGGGAUCCCGGGAGUCUCCACAACCCAGACCCCCCCAGGGACAGAGCCCAGGGACAGGGCACAGCCCUCAGACCCCGCGGUGGCCACGACCAGCUCUGCGGCCAGCCUGGAGCAUCCUCCGGAGCCAGCUGCCACCACAGCCCUGCACACAGGCAGGCACAGCCCCCAGCCUCCCCUCCCUGCCAUCGGGUGCCACGGCGUCAGAGGCGAGGGUGACACUGGAGCCAUCUGCCUGCAGCUCAACGAGUCCAACACCUGCGAGCAAUUUUUAGAGAGCAAGGGAUGGGAUUUUUGGAAAGCAGUAUGUGAAAAUAGAACCCACACCGUGGAAUCCCCCUGUGAAAUCAAACUCACUCCAUCCAGCCUGGACAGAGACUGUUUGCUCCUCAUCCUCAAAGGAGAGAAAGAUCCUGACAAACUUCUGAACACGCUCCAGAAGUCUCACUGGGAAAAGUUUGGAAUAGAAUCCCUUAAAAAGGAGAGCACGAGGAGCCACCGGGAGCCUUCCCAGAAGACCCUGAUUGCCCUGGUCACAUCUGGGCUGCUGCUGGCCUUCCUGGGCCUGGCUGGGUAUUUCCUGAUGAAGAGGCGCAGCUGGAGCCCCGCGGGACAGAGGCUGGCUGAAGACCCCUACUACACGGAGCACAGCAGCCAGGGGAACACCCUGCUGAUGACACCCUCCCAAGAGCCAGCGGAGCUGCAGGAGAAGCCAAACCUCCCAAACCUCAACGGGGCCACCCAGGAGAACGGGACGGGCCAGGCGUCCUCCAGGAACGGCCACUCGGGCCGGCAGCACAGCCCCGCUGACACCGAGAUGUGA